CACCCAGGGUAGACGGACGGGUAUAUAACGCCCCUUCACCUCACUCCACACCACAGUCAUCCCGACAUCACCACACCAUACAGCAUCAUGGCCCGUCUUGUCCUCGCCGUCGUUCUGGCACUCGCCGCCGUCGCCACCGCCCGUAUGGCCUACGUUCUUCCUGAAGCAGCGGAGACACUGUUGAGGGCUCGCAGUCUCCAGACCACCUUCACCUGCGACAACCGCGCCUAUGGCUACUACGCCGACGUCGACAACAACUGUGAGAUCUUCCACGUGUGUUACCCCAUCGUUGACGAAACCGGAGCUCUUCUCGAGACAGCCCACUUCUCUUUCGUGUGCGGCAACCAGACCGUCUUCAACCAGGAGUCCCUCACCUGCUCCCACGCCGACGAUGCCUUCCCCUGCGAGGAAGCCGCUAACCUCUUCGAUAUCAGCAACUCCGAGUUCGGCGUCAUCCCCGAGAGGAGAUAAGCGUUUCAGUUACACCUUCAACCUCCAAGAGUGUCCCUCAACCUCCAGCUAGUCCGUCACAAUGGUCCUCAUGGUCCACUCACCUCCUACAGCCAGGUAUUACUACAUACUGUAGCACCAGGCUUAUGAAGUGAUUGUCCAACAUCACCUCUGGCAAAUGUUUCCCAAUAUAUGUUACAGUAAUGUCGGUUUUCUGUCUCUUUUGGAUAUCUUCUGUCUGUCUCAAAGUAUAUUUCCAUCCUUCGCCUCUCAAUGAUCUUUGGUAGGACAUUAUCUUACACUGAAGCCUUUAUGGGUCAGCGUUGCCAGAUGUCGCGUGUUGUUUGGAUUAACAGUUGAUUGUGUAAAUAUUUGUUUAUUUCCGACCAACGACUUAUUAAAAACUUUGUUUGCUCAAGUCACUUUCUACCAAUAAACUUCAAGCAAUUGA